UCAACGGCUAUUUUAGAAGAGGUAGAAGAAGAGCUUAAUAAAAAUUCAAAGCGAAUGUGGAUUAGGGAAUGGAUCAAGAGAAGAGACACAUUGGGAGCUACAAAUGGUCUUCUUAGAGAACUAGAAUUUGAAGACCCCAAAGAAUACUUCGUAACGCUAAGAAUGUCUGAAAGCUGUUUUAAUUUUUUGUUGAAAAAAGUGCAACCACAAAUUCAACGUAGUGACACUCACUUAAGAAUGGCGAUUCCUGCAAAAACAAAAUUACAAACAGUUCUAUACUUUCUUGCUACGGGGUGCAGUUUAAGGACGUUAACACAUCUUUUUCGACUUGGAAAAUCAACUAUUUCAGAAUUCAUUCCAGAAGUUUGUAUAGCCAUUUACGAAUCAUUGCAGGACUUUAUUAAGGUUCCUGACAAAGAAGGUUGGAAAAAUAUUGAGAAGGGUUUUAAAAACGAAUGGAAUUUUCCCAUGUGCUGUGGCGCUAUUGAUGGGAAACACGUUAUAAUUAAAGCACCUCCCGAAUCAGGAAGCUUGUACUACAAUUACAAGGAAUCAAACAGUAUUGUUUUGAUGGCAGUAGUGAACCAUAAAUAUUGUUUUAGUUAUAUAGAUGUCGGAUGUAAUGGGAGAGUGUCUGAUGGAGGUGUUUUUCGUAACUGCAGUUUGUAUCAAGCAUUUGAGGACGGUAUGCUACCAGAAGGUCAUGUUUUAGUUGGCGACAACGCAUUUCCCUUAAAAGAAUAUUUACUUAAGCCAUUUCCUGGAAACCAGUUGACAUUAAAACAGAAAAUGUUCAACUAUUGCGUGCAAGAAGAAUAGUCGAAAAUG